AUGGACUCUUUCAACCAUCAAGAUGACCUCGAAGCAGUCACAUCCUCCCUCCAAUCCAUCCUCACCCUUCUCGCCACAACAACCCAAGACGUAAAAAACGACCCCAUCAUCAAAGUCGCACAACCAAAAGACGUCCCCUACCUCCAAAAAAUAGGAACACCAGGUGAAGCCCACUCAAUCGAGCACGUCCUCAACGAAGCAUUCGCAGCCUUCGACCACCGCAUGCGCGUCAACCAUCCUCGCUUCAUGGGCUUCAUCCCCUCGCCCACAUCACCUGUUGCGUGGCUAGGCGAUAUCGUAGCUAGCGCUUUCAACGCGCUGGGUGCGAGUAAGCUGCAGGCUAGUGGCCCGGUGGUUAUUGAGAAGACGUUGAUUGAGUGGCUUGGUAGACAGGUUGGUUUUGGGGAGGGGAGUGGUGGGAUUUGUGUUUCUGGUGGGAGUAUGGCGAAUUUGAUGGGGAUUGUACUCGCGAGAGAUCGAUUUGUGUCGCAAGAAACACAGAAGGGUGUUGUUUAUCUUUCUGAUCAGACGCAUUACUCUGUUGCAAAGGCAUUGCGAUUACUCGGUUUCAACAAGGACCAAAUUCGACGCCUACCAGCUGAUGAGUCGUUCAGACUUGACGCGACUCUUUUGGAGGAGACGAUCAAACAAGAUAAGGAAUCAGGCCUUGUUCCGUUCCUGGUAGUCGGCACUUGCGGAACAACAAACACAGGCGCAAUCGAUCCGCUCAAGCGCAUCUCCAAGAUCUGCAAAACCCACAACCUCUGGCUUCACGUCGAUGGCGCAUACGGCGCGUCAGCCACACUAUCCGCCACGAGGCAUUCGACGGUCGAAGACGUCAAGUACGCAGACAGCAUGUCCUGGGACGCGCACAAAUGGCUUUUCCAAACCUACAGCUGCGGUUUGCUGUUAGUCAAAGACAAGACCAAUCUUGUAAGGAGUUUUGCCAAUGAAGGUGAUUAUCUGAGAGAUGGCGCGGCGAUUGAAGAUGAGGAUAUACCCAAUUUCUGGAAUUACAGCAUGGAACUUACGCGUCCUGCGUCACGCGCUAUGAAAUUGUGGUUCACAUUGCGGGUUAUUGGUGUUGAGAAGCUAGGAAAAAUGAUUGAUCACGGGUUUGAUCUUGCGGAGCGCGCAGAAGAGGAAUUGCGUAAGCUUGACAAUUGGGAAAUUGUCAGUUCUGCCAGUUUGGGAGUCAUCACAUUUCGCUACGCGCCCGAGGGGGUUGCAGAAGAUGAAUUGGAGAUCAUCAACACUGGUGUCUCGAAAAGUCUGAUUUCGAGUAAUUUAGCGGGCGUUUUGACGACUAAAGUGCGCGGCAAGGUGGCGUUGAGGAUUUGUGCAUUGAGUCCGCAGUUGGGCCUUGAUGAUAUGUCGGAGAUAAUCAGGGAAGCUGAUAAAUUGGCUAGAAGGGGGAUUCAAAAUGGAAAUGGAGUGCAUUAG